CAAGUGCCUGGUGAAGACUCCCGAUUCACCGCACCGCCACCCACUGCAGCGACUGCGCAUCGCCGCGCACCCAUCCCCUCCAUCUAAUUGACGAUACACCUCCGGCCACGAUGCAGCGGAUACUCAAGCGCGCCGCGACGCUUCACCAGCAGGAAGCUCGCAAGAUUGCUGCGAACAAAAGGACGGAAUUCGUAGCUGAGCGUCUCCAGAUGCGAAGGCAAACGAAACAGCAACGGGCACUACAAGUCGAACAACUCAAAUUCGCGCGCAAUGCCCAGCGGCAAGACUGGAGACUGGGAUCUCUUGCGCCGAAUCGGAAUUAUGGAAAGGACGGGGAGACGUUUGGCGGAGUAGACCGCGAUGCCGUCACCCCUUUCCCGCUCCCAGAAGCUAUGCAAAUAAAGGACUGGAAUAUUGUUGAAGGAGACAGGGUUGUCCUGCUUCGAGGGUUGGACAAGGGCCAGAUUGGCAUAGUGAAGCAGCUGCUGAGGGAGACGAACCAUCUAAUCGUCAAUCAGCUCAAUAUGGCGUAUCAAAAAAAACCAGAGCUCUUCCGGAAGCUCGACGGCGACACCAGCAGGAUUUCACCCGUGGAAGUCGCAGUCAAAUACGAAGACGUCCGUCUCAUCCACACGAUGGAAGACCCGAGGACCGGAACCCGACGCGACGUCAUUGUCGACGAGGUCGAGGUGCGGCGUAUUCGGAUCAAUAAGAAUACGGGAGAGAAGACAUGGGUGAGAUUCGUCCCUGGCACAGAUUCCGAAAUCGAAUGGCCAUACGACGACGAGCCCGACCUCGAAGAUCACCACGAUGAUACACUUCGACUCACAGUCGACAAGCCGACGUUUGUUCCGACUCUGCUAACCCCGCCAAUGCCACCGUCAGUCAUCGAUGAGCUGAGGGGGAAGUACAGCAAGUACAGGACACGGCAUGACGAAGACUACAUAGCCAGGCAGGUCGAGAAGGAGCAACAGGAGAACGCGAAGAACAACUGGGCGUCCACUAUGCGUAUGCCCAUACAGCUUCUCCAUGAAAAGCAACGAGCAGACAAGGCGGCCAGGGGAGAACCGCAGCUCACCGAGGACAUGCUGGCAAGGAUUGGAGAGCUUAUGGCAGCGAACCGGGCAGCCCAAGAAACUAAAACAGCACAAACUUCGUAGCCAGACAUGCACAGCAACAUCAGUGGAGUAUGGAUUUCUUGUACAAUAUGUAGAUACCGUAUUAGUGUAGAUCAGCAGAUUCUUUCGCGGAACCCAUAUCAUACCAUCCAUCAAGUACUUUUCUCUGUCC